AAACCAUAAAAUCAAAAUUCCUCUGAAUUUCUCUUUCUUCUCCCCACACCCACAGACACACACUACUCACGCAGACAGCACAGUUUCCUCCCUCCUUCCAAAAAAGAAGGAAAAAAAUUGAUAAAAAAAGGAAAAUUGUGGCAAACACAUUUUGCCUUUUUGGAUUUUGAUCUCAGAGGCCUCAAGGUUUUUUGGGUCUUUGGUUACAGCUUGCACCGUUAUGACAUCCUCUCUUCACAACCUCUCAGAUAAUGGUGAGGCUGACGAGCAACAAAGUCACUCAGAAUCUCUGUUCCAGUCUGCUUGUCAGGUGACUGGAAUAUCGCAUCCUGUCAUGACUGCACCAAGUAUGCAAUAUGCGGCGCCUCCACAACUUGGAGCUGGAAUUACAAUGGCACAAGCUGGUUACCCUUAUCCAGAUCCUUACUAUAGAAGUAUCUUUGCUCCCUAUGAUAAUAAGCCAUAUGCUGCGCAACCCUAUCCUACACAACCGAUGGUCCACCUUCAGUUGAUGGGAAUUCAGCAAGCUGGUGUUCCUUUGCCAUCUGAUGCUGUUGAAGAACCUGUUUUUGUCAAUGCAAAACAAUAUCAUGGCAUCUUGAGACGCCGACAGUCUCGUGCUAAAGCUGAGUCAGAAAAUAAAGCUCUUAAGUCUAGAAAGCCUUAUUUGCAUGAAUCUCGGCACUUGCAUGCACUGAGACGAGCAAGAGGAACUGGAGGCCGUUUUCUCAAUGCAAAGAAAGAUGAAAACACCCUGAAAGAGAAUGGUUCAGGUGAUAAUCCAGAUUCAGACAUCAAUCUUACGGCCAAGAAAGAUGAUCAUGCUUCUUCAGAAAGUGCUUCGUGAAGUCAUGAUAGCAAUGCAAAACAUUGGAGGCUGAGGCACCCAGAAGACAAUGAUCAUCUGAAGCACUUAAAAUGCAAUAGUUUUAGUUCUGCAGGUUUGUUAGCUUAGGCAGGCUUAGUAUUUGUAGUCAGUCUGUAUAGGAUCAGCAACAGGCUUGUGCGAAGGAGCUACUGGAGGCUGCAGGAUUACUUAUUCUUGAAGUGUAGUAAGAGUUAGCGUCUUUUCCUGUAACGGCUUAGCAUUGUGCUUUUUCUUCCCUUUCAAAGUUGGAAGUCUUUAGUUGUAUGAUGAUGUUUUAUGGGUCAGAAAUGUAAGGAGUAUUGUUGUGUAGUAUGCUUGAUCA